AACAACAACAACAAAAAAGACAUUGUCUUUGAAUGUGUAGGGCAAGGAACUUCCAUUUUACAUUUGAAGUAAUGUAGGCUCCUUCAUCGAUUUUAUUCGACUAUUCGAUUUUUAAAAAUCCUCGACUUAAUUUUGCUCGCGUCGACUAACCGGCAAAUACCGGAAGUGGCGCAUUUCACAGACAAGAAUCCAUAAAACACAUUAUUAGGCUGUUUUCCAAGGCUGUGUAUGAUAUAUUAAACCCAUUUAAAUUAAGCAUAAUUGUGAAUUCACAAACGCUAUUUAAUUAAAUUAUAUGCGAUGCCGUUCUAAUACAGUACAUGCACUUUAAUUAUGUACAUGCGUGUAGGUUAAGUACGUGCGUCACACAGAGGCUCCUUUCACAGUAGCUCCACAGGAACUGUUAUCAUUUACAUGUGUGGAGCGUCUCAAACUCUAUCUCUGCAUGUUGUUGUGAGUUUGGGUUUAUUAUAACAUUCAUCUGGGAACGCAAAGUGCGCCAUUUCAUCAGAUUUGUAAGUAUGGUUGUGGAUGGAGGGAGUGGGGAUCGCACUGACUGGCAGGGAAGAUGGGACCAUGUCAAAAAGUUCUUAGAGAGAGCUGGACCCUUCACUCAUCCGGAUUUUGAACCCAGCACUGAGUCUCUCCAGUUUUUACUGGACACAUGCAAAAUUCUGGUUAUUGGAGCUGGUGGACUUGGUUGUGAGCUGCUCAAAGAUCUGGCCUUGUCAGGUUUUCGGCACAUUCAUGUGGUGGACAUGGACACCAUUGAUGUUUCUAACCUCAACAGACAGUUCCUCUUCAGACCAAAGGAUGUGGGCCGACCAAAGGCAGAGGUUGCAGCAGACUUUGUAAAUGGCAGGGUCCCAGGCUGCAAUGUUGUCCCACAUUUUAAGAAAAUCCAGGACUUGGAUGAGACAUUUUACAGGCAAUUUCACAUUGUAGUCUGUGGCCUGGACUCUGUUGUUGCCAGAAGAUGGAUGAACGGGAUGCUGUUAUCUCUGCUGAUUUAUGAAGAUGGUGUGCUAGAUCCCAGUUCCAUUAUUCCAUUAAUAGAUGGAGGCACAGAGGGCUUCAAGGGCAAUGCUCGAGUCAUUCUUCCAGGCAUGACAGCUUGCAUCGAUUGCACCCUCGAGCUCUACCCUCCACAGAUCAACUUCCCUAUGUGCACUAUAGCCUCUAUGCCACGGUUACCAGAACAUUGUGUUGAAUACGUCCGCAUGCUGCUUUGGCCCAAAGAAAAGCCUUUUGGAGAUGGUGUAGCCCUAGAUGGAGAUGACCCAACUCACAUCCAGUGGGUGUACCAGAAAUCUCUGGAAAGAGCAGCAGAGUUCAGCAUCACUGGGGUGACUUACAGACUCACCCAGGGGGUCGUGAAGAGAAUAAUUCCUGCUGUGGCUUCUACAAAUGCUGUUAUUGCUGCUGCUUGCGCCACCGAGGUUUUUAAAAUUGCCACGAGCGCCUAUGUUCCCUUGAACAACUACCUGGUGUUCAAUGAUGUGGAUGGGCUGUACACGUACACCUUUGAGGCUGAGAGAAAGGAGAACUGUUCUGCCUGCAGUCAGGUGCCACAGGACCUGUACUUCCCACCUUCAGCUAAACUGCAGGAGAUUCUGGACUACUUGACUGAGAAUGUCUCUCUCCAAAUGAAGUCUCCUGCCAUCACUACAACUUUGGAUGGAAAAAACAAAACUCUAUAUUUACAGACCGUGGCAUCUAUUGAAGAGAGAACGCGACCAAAUCUAAACAAAAUGCUGAAAGAGCUUGGACUAGUCGAUGGACAGGAACUGGCAGUAGCUGAUGUCACCACUCCUCAGACUGUGCUCUUCAAGCUCAACUUCAUCUCAUAGGACAAUGCUUCAUCCUUAUAGACAGUUACAAGUGGUUCUUGCAGUCAUCAUCAAAAUGAAGCAGCCUUGGAAAUAUCAGCAGAGACAUCACAUGCACAUGCUCGGCUGGAAUCCCUGCAGUUUGUAUUUAGAUUUUAUGGUCAACUCUGUUCAUCAAAGACACUUACAGGAGACUUUUGUUUCGUUGUCUUGCAGUGCUAUAGUCGUAGGAGUCAUUUUGGUGGAUUUCUUUUUUAUGCAAACUGUUUAUCUAUUUAUUUUGUUGUGCAUUCACUGUAUCUUGUUCAAUGUCUUGUAGAGAAAAAGGUUAAUGUUUUGAAUUAAAUUUGGAAACCAUAUUUUAAACAAGUAUUGAAGUCCUAGUUCGGUAAUGCUUUCCUAUAAAUUUACUGUUACUCGAUUUGUGAAUAAAUGUAUUUGAUUAAAUAUUUAAAGAAACUCAAGGUAUUAAAAUAUAAAUUCUCUAGAAAUUGUAAGCAAAUACAGAAUGUUGCAUUGUCAAUGUAAUGUUAAGAGAUAUUAAGUAUACUGUACUGUUUUAUUCAUUUUAUGUGGCAUUGUCAUGUUAUACAGGUUUGUAGAAAUGUACAAUGGAGACACUUAUUCACAAGGUCGUCAGACUGACCGUAGUGACUUUAUUUCAAAGUUUUUUCAGCCACAGCACUACAUACUACAGUGGAUCAAAUUGUAUGUUGUUUGACAAGCUACAAACUGAAAUUAUUCACUAAGCUACAGUAAAAUAAUUUUUUGUUUGAUAACGUCAAUUGCUAUAUUUAGUGUCCUAUUACAUUUUUAAAACUAUCAUACAACAAUGCAUUAACUACAGUUCAUAUUUAAGUAAAAUAUUAAUUUAGAUUCGUAUUAAUUUCAGUUAAAUAUCUUAUUAAUGCAAGAAUUUCGAUUCAUAUUCACUUCAUUUUAGUAAACCAUUUUUUACUCUAUUAAUUUAAAAUGUUUAUUUGUUAAAAGUUUUUAGCAAAAUCCCACAUUUGUGCAUUGGAUCGUGAGACCGCAUGGUGUCCCCCUUUCAAAAGCAAUAAACACCUGUUCGAGUCUGA